UUUAAUAAUUUUAUUACUAGAGUGAAUAUAACAAUUUAUUCACAAAAAGAAGAAGCCAAAACACAAUCCAUAAUAAACUUAUUUGUAAAAUUUAAUAAUACAUAAACUCAGACAUAAUUGAAAUUCAUGACACAGCUAUUCCUCGUUACGAUGUCUCCGUGGUCGAUAGUCGAUGUUAUUCGGAUAGCGGGUUCUCGUACGUCGGCCGGUUCGUAUGGUCUGUCGUGGCGUUGGCCUCAGGAUCUCGUACUCUAGAGUAGGCCAUUCAGACUCAUCUGGUAGCGGCAUUAUGAUGCUAGAGUAAGCGUUGAUGUAGGACUGAAUUGAAAAAACAGUUGGAAUUAAAUGGUCCACGGUGACACUACAAAAAACAUAUACUACGUGGACAUGAUUGCAUAGGAGGUGAAAUGUUACCCAUUGACCACAGCUACAUGUUCGCAACUGUGCGAAAAGUGUCUAUGCUCCGCAGUGGCUGAUCCAUUGGUUGCUGAAAGAAUGGAUUACCAUCCUCUUCCUCCUCAUCUUCCUCCUCAACAUUUUUAGACACCACGAUGAAUACUUCAACUGCAUCGUAUUCACGUGAUGCUUUUCGUAAAAAAUGUCGCCAUGUUGGUUGGUCGUUGAUUGCGAGAGGUCGUGAACCAACUUGUAUUGAACUUCACGAUUUACAACUUGUAUCUCACCACUCCAAUAAACUACUAGAAGUAUACUAUUAUCUUCUAACAUUGUUUAUUUUGGUCCGUAGAAGAAUGGAGUAAAUACAUCUUCCUACUAGCCUUCGUCCUCUUCGACCUGAAAAUUUUGUCACCUGCCAUAUGAAGAAGCCUGGCCAGUCUACAGGUGAUCUUUCCCCAAGUAUAGCAGAACGAAACCCAUUAGAGAGUGCAUAUGUCAUUCUUUCAUUAGCAAUUUUAUUCAAUAUGCUUCUUCCAUCUCUAGGUGAGGACAUUAAGUUUUGCCCUGGAUCAUUCACCGCAAAUGGGGCAUGUGCUAGCAUAGAUUGUGGGGAUUUGGCAUCAUUUCAAUGGCCAGCAAGCUCGAUGUUUCAUAGUUGUGUGUGCUCUGAUGCUGGAGAAAAUAAAAGUACCUGCACUUGUCAAAUUGUUUGUGGGUGUUGUGGCUAAAUGAUUAUAUUCACAUUUCUCAUUUAAUUUUGUUAAAUCUAUACCCAUUGAUAUGAAUUUCAUAUUGGUGUGGUUAUAACAAAAUUUAGUGAGAGGUGUCAAUAUAACAAUUUAAGAGAUAAAUUUAGCAUCACUCAUUGUUUGUCCUGUUAAUUAGAGAUGGAUAUCCUUCAUUUUAAAUAAGAUAUAUUUUCUUCAUGAAUAUAUUAUGGGAAGUGAACAUCAAUAUAAAAGUAUUGAAUACAAUAAAUUAUUUGUCUGGAU